AUGGUUGUUCUCUCAGAAUAUAGUGAAGGAUCAUCUUCAUCAUCUACAAAUGAUAAAAAAUAUGACAUAUUUUUAAGUUUUCGAGGUGCCGAUACUCGUCAUAGUUUCAUUGAUCAUCUCCAUAAGGCCCUCCUGGGUGCCAAUAUCUCUACCUUUUUGGAUGAUGAAGAGAUUGAAACCGGAGGAGAUCUGAAACCGGAAUUGGAAAGCGCGAUUAAAGAAUCUAGAGCUUCUAUUAUCGUGUUAUCCAAGAACUAUGCUAACUCAUCAUGGUGUCUUGAUGAAUUGGUACUGAUCCUUAGGGAACGUAUGAUCUCCAACCAUAUCGUCAUCCCUAUCUUCUAUCAUGUUGAACCCACCCAUGUUCGGAAGCAACAAAGUAGCUUCGCAGAUGCAAUUGCUAAGCAUAGAAGGGUGAUGAAGGCUGAGACAAAUGCAAAUAGAAGAAAUCAAUGGGCUCAAAAGAUCGACCGAUGGAUCCAAGCGCUUACCAUAGUUGCUGAUUUGAAAGGGAUGAGCAUAGAUGGCAGGGGAGAGACCGAGUUUAUUGAAGAAAUUGCUAAGGACGUCUACCACAGAUUACGCAUAUCCUCAAGGAUUCCUCUGCCACUACUCAUUGGGAGGGAUGAUUCUAAGAAGUUCGUCACUUCAUGGUUGAAAGAUACAUCCUCGCAUACGGCAGACAUACUCACUAUUUUGGGUAUGGGUGGUAUAGGAAAGACAUCUUUAGCUAAAUAUGUCUAUGGGUUACAUUGUGAUGAGUUCGCAACAAGUAGCUUUAUUGAAGAUAUAAGUAGAAGAUGUGAAGAAAAAUAUAAUGGGUUGCUUGAUUUACAAAAACAACUUUAUGAUGAAAUUUCUAAAAGAAGUUCAAUACAAGUUCAUGAUGUUUCUGUAUACACCUUAAAGAUAGAAAAUGCAUUAGCCCAUAAAAAAGUGCUUAUCGUUCUUGACGAUGUUGAUAGUCUUGACCAGUUGGAUGCAUUACUUGGAAGCAAAGGUUUACAUCCAGAAAGCAAGAUUAUAAUAACAACAAAGGAUGCAUGGUUGACAGAGAGUUGUGUACUAUUCAAAGCGAACAUUAAGCCCACACAUGAAAAGCACUUGCUUCAAGGCUUAUUACAGGGUCAAUCAAAACAACUUUUGUGUUUUAAUACGUGCGUGCCCAACAAUCCCAAGGCAGGAUACGAAGACGUCCUAGAAAAACUUGUGGAGUAUUGUGAAGGACAUCCAUUGGCUCUUAAAGUUUUGGGAAAGUCUCUGCAUAACCGAGAUGUAUUUUACUGGGAAGAAUUCCUGAAAGGGCUAAAGAAAGAAAACAACUCACCUAUAAACAAUGUCUUGAGAAAAAGCUUUGACUCUUUGCCUUCUGAAAAUGAUAAAGAGUUGUUUAAGCAUAUCGCAUGUUUUUUUGUUGGCACAGAUAGAGAUUUUACUGAAACAAUAUUAAAGGCUUGCGAUAUAAAAACAAAAUAUGGGAUCAUGAAUCUCAUUGACAAAUGUUUUGUUGAUAUCACAUCAAAUAACGAAUUGAUGAUGCAUGGGUUGCUUCGGGAAAUGGGAAGAGUUUUAGUGCAUCAAGAAUCACCUAACAAGCCAUGGAAGCGAAGUAGAUUAUGGUGUCAUGAGGAUUCAUUUAAAGUGUUGAAACAAAAAAAGGGUAAGGAAAAUAUUCUAGGCCUCACCCUUGACACGAGAAUGAUUAAGAAAGAGAAAUUACAUGGAUCAUUUGAGUUGAAAACGGAAGCAUUGAGUAAGAUGAAUAAUCUAAUGCUCUUACAACUCAACUAUGUGCAAAUCACAACUUUGAAUCAUUUGUCAUUUGGUAUAGUAAUCCACAACAACUCCAGAGUAGAAAAAAGGAGUUACUUGGCUUGUCUUCAAAAGACAAAAGAACUCCCUGCACUUGAGAGAUUAAUAGCUACUAAUUGCAAUGAGUUGGUUGAGAUAUGUGAAUCAAUUAAGGAAUGUGUUGAACUUGUGUAUAUUGAUCUAAGCUACUGCAAAAAGCUUGAAAAACUUAACAUAGGCAUGUUAAGGAAGCUUAAAACACUAUUGCUGGAGGGUUGUAAUCUUGGUAGUUCUCACAUUGAGAUUAGAGAUAUGGAUUCACCAGAAAUGAUCAAGGCUAACAUCAUUGACAUAAACAAAAAGUUAUCUUCCUCCACCAUUCAUGAGGACAUACCAAGUGAUUCCCAGUUCUUUACGAUUUCUUUGCCCAUCUCUUUAGUAAAGUUAUCCCUUGUAAAUAAUAAUUUGUCCACGGAAUCCUUUCCAAUGGAAUUUAGUUGGUUGGUCAUGUUAAAGGAAUUACGUUUAGAUAAUAAUCCCAUUACUUCCCUUCCCAUUUGUGUGAGAAGACUUCCCAGGCUUCAAUUACUUAGUUUGUCACAAUGUGAAAGGUUGACAUCAGUCGAGCAUCCUCCAAGUACACUAACAUUUUUGAACGUCCAUUAUGACAAACAGAGUUUACUACGAAAAGUUGUAUUUGAUCCAAAAAUGUGCCCACUCGACUUAAUUACACCGUGGACAGUGGUAGAACCUUUGCCUUGUGAAAUUGAAGGCAUCGUUAAGAUCCAACCUAUGGCAAGUGUUGAGGAAAAGGUAUUACAUAGUUUGGGCUGGAAUAAACUCGACUUUCUUAACAAAAAGGGUGUGCGACAUUAUUCUUAUGGUAGAGAAUCAACGGAACAUCAAAUUCAGAUGUUUUAUGAAUUUGGAAUAUUCAGCACUAUUUACUUGGGGAAAGAUAUGCCGAAAUGGAUUAGGUGUAGAAGCGAGGGAGAAUCAAUAUCAUUUAACAUUCCAUCUUCUCCUAACAGGCUCAGAGGAUUUAAUUUCUGCUAUGUUUAUACACAUAGAUUUUUGCCUAUGAUCAUCAUUCAUAAUAAAACAAAAAACCGCGCCUGGUUCUACGAACAUUGCAGUAGUGACGUUCAUGUAGGUGAAGAAGGGUGUUACACGGUGUUAAGCCAUUGGAUGUUUGGAAUAAAUGAGAUGGAAGGUGGUGACGAGGUUUCUAUUACAGUAAGAAGAACCUCGUAUUUUGGUUCUCCUGCAUGGGAGUGUGGGGUGGAGGUUGUUUAUGAUGCUGGAAAUACUGCUGAAGAAGAUGUGCUGACUUAUUACAAAUCAUGGAAUCACAUAAUUGGUGGAGAUCUCACCGGAUAUCAGUUAGCAACAGGAGAAUAUUACAUCCUAAGCAUUAGGCGAAUUAUGUUACGUGGUAUCGAUGCUAAUGAUGUUUAUCCUAAUAUUUUUCGAGACAACACCCACUAUAAAGAAUUUGGAAUCCGUUUCACAGCUUUCUCCCAAAGGCAGCCAGUCAUACUUGGUCACGUACCGGAGGAAAAUGAAACAUCUACGUGCAAUGAUCCCACCCUUAAUGAUGAGGAUGAAGUUGAUGAAGUCGAGGUCGAGAUGGAGUUCGAGCUCGAGUUCGAGUUCGUGGCUGAGGCCGACGCUGAGGUUGAGAGGGAGCAAGAGGCUAAAAGGUCAUGCAUGUGGAGCAAGUGGUUUAAGUGUACGCGGGCAUAACUUUUAUGUAUGGAAUUGCGGUGUCAUGAUUAUUUCACGAAAAUGACUCAACAGGACCGUGCAGCCUUAAUUUAUUUCUCUAGGGACAUCAUUUCAGAGUAUGUGGUUUUUAUCAAGGUUUUUGAUUUUUAAUUUAGUUAAAUCGUGUAAUUUGUCAUCGAUUGAUAUAUUUAUACAAUAUAUAUUUUUUGUUUCUUUAA